AUGUCGAGCUCGCCGGACAUGAUCCAGAGGAGGGAAGGGAAGGCGCCUGCGGAGACUGUGCCUGUGGCUUUGUCCCAGGCUGCUCCGGCGGGUUCGCCGGAGCCCACUGCGGCAGGCAAGACGAACACGAAGACGAAGACGACGACGAAGAAGAAGAAGGUGAGGAUGACGCAGGAGCAGAUCGACAGCUACAUCCGUUACCAGACGGACUACUUCCCCGAGGACCUCUUCCCCAAGUACAGCGAGGAGAGGCUGGCCCUGGCGAACCUGGCUGACCACAGCCACCUCCCCGUGCCCAUGGACCAGAUUCACGACUACAUCAACAAUAUUUUCAGGGACAUCAACAGAAUGGAGGCGCGAUUUAUGCAGGAGAGGGACCGGAUCCUAAACGACUACUACACCAAAGGGUACGCCGAACAGGAGAUCACCGACGACGAGGAGGAAGGAGGAGGCGUGGCCCCUGCUCCGCCUGGACGGAGGAGGUUCCGGCCGGGAGUCGCGAAGCAGGCUGGGAAAAUCAAGAAGCUCAAUUAGCUAGCGAGCUUCAGGACGAACAAUUCAGAAUAUGCGACCCAACAGAGUGAUCAUUCCGGAUUUGUGUCACAAGCGAAUCCUGAAUUAUCUAUCACUCCGUUGAGUAGCAUACCCUGAGUUUUCCCAUCAUCUGCAACCAUGUUUCUUUAAUUUGUGUAAUAAUGCCAUUAUCUGGCUUCUGCACUAUCUGCAGUAGUCGUCAUCCAAGCCACUAUCUCGAUUCAAUGUUAGUUCA